ACUCCGCCCACUCGAAAUGCAAUGGCACUCACCGCGUUUAGAUCGGGACCACAGAUAAUUGGUUAUCGCGAUGUGACAGCCACCUCCAGUUGCCGUGUUCCGAAGAUCGACGACGGAUCGCCGGCCCGGUUCCCAUCACUCUGUUCAAGAGUCCAAGGUCUCAAAAGCCCAGGACUCCAUUGAAGGAGAGUAUACGCGACAGACAAAGUAUAUAACUCUACUUAAUGGGAGCUCUUGUGUCUUUCAAUACCCUCGCAACGGAAGACAUCUCAUUUCGCAAUGAGCGCCACUGCAAUGCCCCAUGAUUCUGGUGGCCUUCAACUCCAAACCAUUCAGAAUACAUCUCUCGAUGAUGCACGCAAUGUAGCGUCCGCUGAGCAACCAACACCUUUGAGCCGCAAGGUCAUUCUCAAGCUCCUGAGCUCCGGCUUCUCUUUCUUCGUUGCUGGAACAAUUGAUGGGAGUCUAGGCCCGCUCAUCCCUUACAUGCUUCGCAGCUACAAUGUUGGGACAAGCUUCAUCUCCAUCAUCUACGCUGCGUCCUUCGUUGGAUGGCUCCUUGCGGCGGCGGCAAACAGUCACAUGUUGCAAUAUCUAGAUACUGGUGCCAUUCUAGCGAUUGGGGCUGUUUUUCAGCUCAUUUCCAAUGUUCUUCGGUUCUGGAACCCUCCCUUUGGACUCUUUGCCACAAGUUUCUUCAUCUGUUCCAUGGGCAUGGGGGUUCAGGAUUCGCACUCCAACACCUUUGUGAGCACCGUCAAUGGGGCGCACAGAUGGCUCGGGUUUAUUCAUGCCAUGUAUGCUCUUGGAGCUUUGGUAUCACCAUUUGUCGCCACUCCCAUUGCGUCGUCAAUGCAGUCAAGGUGGAGUAUGUUUUAUGUCUUUCUCGUUGGGCUUGGCGUGGUCAACGUGGUCGGCGUCCUCGUAGCAUUUCGAGGCUCUAUACGGAUACUUCCAAAGCAGGCCUCUACUUCUGGAGAUGAUAAUGCCCCUGGCAGAGGCAGGGAGGCAUUAAGCGGAAUGGCGAACACCCUUCGGCUUCGUGUAGUUUGGAUACUGAGCCUGUUCUUCUUUUUCAGUCUAGGCGUUGGCAUUACAGCAGGUGGCUGGGUGGUUGAGUAUCUUGUGGACGUACGCCACGGAAAGCUUUCGCAAGUGGGUUACACUCCAGCCGGUCUCUAUGGAGGUCUAUUUCUAGGAAGGUUAUUGCUUGCAGAACCAACACAUCGCUUUGGGGAGAGACGAAUGAUUCUGCUGUAUUGCGUCAUUAUCUUAGGCUUACAGCUAAUAUUCUGGCUGGUGCCAAAUAUUAUCGCCAACGCUACUGCAUUGAGUUUGCUAGGGUUUUUCUUCGGUCCCCUAUUCCCGAUAGGCGUUUCGGUUGGCACAAAAUUAUUUCCCAACUCAGUGAAGGCUUCAGCGCUCGGGCUCGUUUUUGUCAUGGCUCAGGCUGGAGGCUCGUUAUUCCCCUCCAUCACAGGUUUUAUCGCCAGUUCGGCAGGUGUGAAAGUCUUGCAGCCAAUUUUAGUCGGACUUAUUGUGGCAAUGGGUACCAGUUGGAUCUUGGUACCCAAAGUUCCUAAUCGCAGUGAUUAAAAAGAGCACAUACGGAUGUCUAUUAGAGUGGCGUCCUUGUUACUAACGAUAAUAAGGGGGGCGGAUAACCAAGUACCAUAUCAGACUUAUCCGGGAAAUAAUUACGCCAAGUUGAAGGCGGUUCAGGGGAAGUAUGGUCUGAAGGGAUUCUCUGCUACUCGAACUGGUGGAUUUAAGUAUACAUAGACUCUGGAACUACACAGCUCGUUGUAGAAGACGGGUGGUAUUCGUUUUCAAGUAAAAGUGUGGCAGAAACUGUUGGUUCUGGUCGAGGAUGUUAUAAAACUCUAAUAUGUUGACUUUAAAUGAAUUCUCAG